AUGGGUUUUUCCUCAAAAGAUGAGAAAUCCAAGAGAAUAUUGAGGGGCUUGAAGACUGUGUUCUUCUUGAUCGCUAUGGUUAUAUCGCUUCUUCUUUUCUCUGCCCCGGUUCUCCUUGUUAUUGCCGAUGCACUUGUUCCUUCUGCUCUUCUCUCCACGAUUUCCCCUUCUUCUUUCUCCUUGGAAAAUCUUGCUUCCCAUUUCCACAACUACGAUUUUCGAUACUCUCUCAUUGAUAUUCCCCUCAUCUCCAUAAUACGAUCCUUCAUCAUCUUCUGUGUUUAUAGUUUGUGCGACGGACCAAGGCUUUCGCAUGGACCUUAUUUGGGGAUUACGACCAUGUGUUCUGUUUUGUCUCUGAUGUUUGUGUCGUUGAAGGCAGUUUACAUCUUCAGUGUUUGGGGGAUUGAACGAAGUGGAUACGUUGGAGGUACCGAAAUAGCUCUAUUCGUAUGCUCUUGUGCGUUGGCCGUGGGGCAUGUUGUCGUGGCCUACAGAACAAGUUGCAGGGAAAGAAGAAAGCUUUUGGUCUACAAAAUUGACAUCGAAGCUAUUUCAGCUUGCAAAAAUGGGUAUCCCAGGUAUCCCAAGAUUCUUCAGGAAGAACGAAUCAAAUGA